AUGCAAUAUGCCAACGGCGGUGAUCUUCAAACCUAUCUCAAAAAUAAGUUUAAUGGAUUAACUUGGGACGAUAAGAAGAAAUUAACAUAUCAAAUUGCUGAUGGUUUAAAUUAUUUACAUAAUGAAAAUAUUUUGCAUAGAGACCUUGGAACUCGUGAGAAAACAAUCCCGGGUACUCCUAAAGAUUAUGAGUUACUUUAUAAAAGAUGUUGGAGACAAGAACCUGAGCGAAGGCCAUCUAUUGAAGAGGUACUGGACGAAUUUUCAAAGAUGAAUUUUGGAACUAAAAGUCCAUCAGUUAAAGAUUUAUAUGUAGAAUUUGACACGGAAAUCGCUGACAAUCAUAAUAAUUCAACUUCGGAAUCACAAUUUAUUAAUUUCUUGGAAAAUCAUUAA